UUAUUUUUUUUGGAGGUGAAUAGUUAGUUAAUUUAUUUGUUAGUUGUGGAAGUAGGAUAACGAAACAAAUGAAAAGGAAAUUUCCCAAAGUCUAGCAAAAUGAAACCGAGUGGACCAGAUUGAAUUAGCGGCGCAUAUAUGAAUAAGCGCGCUUCUCGAUAGAGCUUUUUCUAAACCUGCGCAUGUCGCAUUCAUCUUGGUCACCAACUGUUCGCCGAAAUGCCUGAGCCAUGCAUUCCUUCACUGCACCUUGUUCUUGCUUGCACGCCUCGCUCUGUUCCUUCACUGAAUUGAACCCACAAGUUUUUCCUUCAAUUACCAGCAUUUGGAGGAAGCAGCAGAGGUUUCUGGCCCUGAACUUAGUUGGGGAGACGGAAAAGAGAGGUUCUUUGUUUGGGUUUAAUGGGAACACUAGGGGGUAUGAAAAGGGUUUGUUUUGUGGUUGGUAUGGGCUUGUGAGGCGGUGUAAGAACUGGGAUGACGAAGGGGAUGUUGAAUUGGAGAUGGAGAUUUUUGAGUUUAUGAAGAAUUCCAAGAAGCCUGAAGCGUUUCCGAGCAAGAAAGAGUUGGUUGAUGCUGGUCGAAUGGAUUUGGUGGAAGCAAUUGUGAAGAGAGGUGGGUGGCUCUCUUUGGGUUGGGAUUUGGAUGAGGAGGAAGGAACUCAAGAAAAUGGCAUUGGGGAUUCGGGUUCUUUAGCAGAUUGUUUUCAAAAAAGCAAUAACAUGCAAGAUUCAGGGGUUGUUUCUUUCUUCUCAGAUGGUUCUUCUCAUCCAGCCUCAUCAUCCGGUAGAUCAUUAGAAACGGAAACCACAAAAGAUGAGAUUGGGGUUGAGGGUAUAUUGAGUCGACUGCAGAAACAAAGAAAUCAGACUUUUGGGCUUGGUCUGGGAGACAAAGAAGACAGUACCUUCUUGCAGAGUAAUGAUGUUAAAGAAGACUGGCAUCCCAAAUUAUCAAAAGAUUUGACAGUCACGGGCCUCACGAAAAGCAGCAGACUUUCCUCACUAAGCCCUGAGAAGACCUUAUAUGAUGAUUCAAAGGGCAGGGUUAGUCAGAAAAAAUCUCUUCCUGAAAUUGAUGGUUUAACAGGCUCAGUUAAGCCAGAAAUGUGGAGAGCUUGGAGCAUUCAGCGGGCAGGAUCUUCAGAUAUGGACUUUGAAGCUGCUGAAUUUUCAUCUGAUGAGGUUGGCAUGGGAGGGUCAAAGGACAUUUCAAAAGAUAAAAUAAUUGAAAUAAGAGAGUCUACUAGUGUGCCUAAUAAUAGGAAGGAAUUGAAUUUUCAAAUGGAGGAGAUUAGCCACAAUCAAAUACAAAGUCGUCUUCAGGACCUGGAGUUAGAGCUCUCCUCUGUGCUUCACCCAUUGAGGCCUAAAGCUAAUGAUAUUGCAAUAAAAGAGGGUCAUGAAAACUCCUCUGAUGAUUUGUGGAAGCUUUCUGAUGCCUGGGAGUUUCAGGAAAAUGAGAUUAUGAAUGCCCAAGACAAACUACGUUCAAUACGUGCAAAGUUAUCUGUUUUAGAAGGAAAGAUUGCACUAGCAAUAAUUGAUGCACAGAAGGUUGUGGAGCAGAAACAGAGCAGGAUUGAUGACGCUCAAAGAGCUUUAUGUCUUCUUCGUCCUACUUGCAUAAUUUGGCCUAAUACAGCCACAGAAGUGCUCUUAGCAGGAUCAUUUGAUGGUUGGGCCUCUAAGAGAAAGAUGGAAAAGUCAAAGACAGGAAUAUUCUCUUUAUGCUUGCAAUUGUACCCUGGAGAAUAUGAGAUCAAAUUCAUUGUUGAUGGUGAAUGGCAGAUUGAUCCCCUACGCCCAACUGUUCGGAAUAAUGGGUAUGAGAACAAUGUACUUGUUAUCCACUAAAUGCGUAUAGUCUAACAACAGGCGUGAGAAGAUCUUGUACAGAUUGCAAAUGGAGUCUAUCCUGCAGAAAGAAUUUUUUUUUUUUCCCCUCUGUAAACAGAUAAGAGUAGAUUUGAUUUUUUUGGUCUUUUAGACAUAAAACAGAUAGAGUAGAUUACAGAUGUUAACUCUCAUGAUUCUUUGGUGUACUAGGCUGGGUAGAUGAAGCACCAUCAAUUUUCCCUCUUUCUUUUGAUUUCUUGGUUUGAGGUGUACGGAAAAUGAUAAGAUUCAGUCAAAUAGUUUGUGGAUUGGAGAAGUGUAACGUGGGUUUUAAUCUCAUUUGGAUAUCCAUAUAAACAAAAACUGGUGCCCGAUCUAAUGUGUUAAAGGAUUGGUUUUGAGCCCAGGUUUGAUGUAA